AUGACAAGAAGGUUAUCCCUUAAUUGGUGGGAGUUUCUUAAAGGAGAAGGUGAAUGUGGAGAUGAAGGAGGAGGUGGUGAAGGAGGUGGGGGUGGAGGUGUAGGAGGUGAAGGUGGUGGUGAAGAAGGAGGUGGUUGGGUGGAAGUGGUGAUGGUGAUGAAGGUGGAGCUGGUGAUAGUGGUGGUGGUAAACGAUGUCAUUAUAGGAAUUGAAAAAAUUCAUUGA